GCAAAUGAUACUUCUGGAACUUACAAAUGACCUCUCCUUGGACUCUCAUCACAAUACUUCAGAAGGACGAUCGCUCAAGCAGUCGUGUAAGCUUCAAUUAUCAAUUUUGAUCAGUCGAAAAUGGACUCUGUUUCAAACAACAACGAAGAACCCAGAUCGUGGGAUGAACUUAUCAACAUAAAUGUAGUACCUUCGGAGUUGUUUCUCAAGUUCCGUAAAGAAAUCCAGGGCCUACGUGUUGGCGUGAAUUUGGAGUUCUACAAUGUUCCACUAAACGAGUUUCAGACAAAGUUGGUGUUAAAGCCUUUAGACCCAGAUCGGAGGUGGAAGUUUACAUAUGAGCCUAUACAUCAUGAUAUACGAGUUCUUUCAAAGAAGAUUCCUAUUACCAAAUUUCUCAAUCUUCAGGUGGGUAUAGGCCAUAGUUUUAAGUUGCACGCAACUGGGUGGAAAUGGAAACUCUCUACAUGUUUGGGAGGAGAUGGUGUUUCUCGGAUACGUAACAAGUCAUCCAUUGGAUUGUUCCCAGGAAUGGAUUUCCGGUUGGGUUGGAGGGCAGAGUAUGUCCUGCCAGAGAUUCAGGGGGCCCUUGGCGCCGGGGAACCAAUGUUUAACUUGAACUCCGGACGGUUGCAAGCAUCUCUAGACAGAGUGGAAGCCAUUUUAACUCAUACUACAAGAUAGGUGUACCUCUUGCAUAGAAUCUGUUUUUUCCGUGUACAUUAACAUCAGUGAGUAUGCCUAAAGUUAAUCUGCGAGACUGAUCCUAACAAACUGAUUAGUAUUUUCAAACCCCUAACAAUACUUUGUACUGACAAUCCAGGUGAAUGUGUUGGAUGAAUAAGGUCAUGGUCAGCUGAUGCGAUGUAGUUGCAAUGUUUUCUUCCUUACUCCUCGGUACACUUUCUUUAUCCCAUGAUGCCAGGUUGUCAAUUCUGCAAAAUCGACAGAGAACUGAGAAAGAACAUAGAUAGCCGGCUGUACAUUGGCCCAACCACCAAUUAUCAUCACAGGGUAGUAUCUCCCUCUCCUUGUUUAGUGGUGGGGUUCUUUGCAAGUUUCAAUAUGAAGUUGUUUAAGUGAUCAAUGUAAAUGCUUUUCUUUCUGUGAAUUGAGUUCUAUUAUUUCACUCGGAAAAUUCCAUGAAUCUCAAAACAAUGUGCAUCGGAAACAGCAUUUUUGCUGAUUCA